CAGUUUCUGAGAAUUAUUUUCUUAUAUGUUUUCAUAUGUUAAAUGUUCGUCUACCUCUGCGAAGCGUCUAAGUUAUCUUUAUUUUGAAGCAUUUAUCCGGAAGUUUUUCCGGAUGUUCCCUCCUAAAGUUCCGGACUGCCUGGAUUGUAUGUUGUCAUUUGUGGAGUUUGAACAAUCAGACGUAUGCCGAUAAAAUCGUCGUUAUUGUAGAUUCUGUGGUAGUAGUGAUGCAUUGCCAUUGCGACUAGUGGACUACGGAUGGACCUACCGACAUCGGAGUUGCUGAGCUGCAUUUUGUUCAGACAUGACGGAAUGACGUGUUGUUGCCUGAGUGGAGAGACAGCCAAACGCCCGUUCAUCGCCACUUUAGCUGGAAACGUGAACUGAUCUUUUUGAAACAGUCACAUCAAAAUGCCUGAGAACAUAUCACCAGUGCCGGUACUGCCGCUGAUGAUGAACGGUUUCCUGUCGGUCCUCGGUUGCAUGGCCACAAUGAAACUCAUUCCUGCUUUCAAGGACCAUUUUAUCUCAGCCAGGUUGUACGGAAUGGACCUCAACAAAACUUCCAAAAAAGAAGUGCCAGAGUCACAAGGAGUCAUCAGUGGCACAGUCUUCCUCAUCAUCCUCUUCUUCUUCAUCCCAGUGCCUUUCCUUAGCUGUUUUGUAGGAGAUCAGUGCAAGGGCUUCCCCCACGAUGAGUUUGUCCAGCUGAUCGGUGCACUUCUGGCCAUCUGUUGCAUGAUCUUUCUGGGCUUCGCUGACGAUGUGCUCAACCUACGCUGGCGACACAAACUUCUGCUCCCCACAGUGGCGUCGCUGCCACUACUCAUGGUCUAUUUUACCAACUUUGGCAACACCGUCAUCGUGGUGCCGAAGCCCUUCAGAGCCCUGCUGGGGCUGCAUCUAGACUUGGGUAUUCUUUACUAUGUCUACAUGGGAAUGCUUGCUGUGUUUUGCACAAAUGCCAUCAACAUCUUAGCAGGCAUCAAUGGCAUUGAGUCUGGUCAAGCCCUUUUUAUCUCUGGCUCCAUUAUCAUCUUCAACCUUGUGGAGCUCAGUGGGGAUUUUCGUGAUGAUCAUGUCUUUUCUCUGUACUUUAUGAUACCAUUUUUCUUUACAACAUUAGCACUUUUUUAUCACAAUUGGUACCCUUCAUCUGUGUUUGUGGGCGACACGUUCUGUUACUUUGCUGGGAUGACCUUUGCUGUAGUUGGCAUCCUGGGACACUUCAGCAAAACAAUGCUGUUGUUCUUCAUUCCUCAAGUAGUUAACUUUGUCUACUCCUUGCCUCAGCUGUUUCACAUAAUCCCCUGUCCCAGACAUCGACUACCUAGACUGAAUCCAGACACGGGCAAACUAGGGAUGAGUUAUUCUAAAUUCAAGAGAAAAGACCUCUCUAAACUAGGACAUCUCAUUAUGAAGGUUGCAGAAUUAUUGAAGUUGCUUGAAGUGCGAAGAUUUCAGGAGAAAGAUGAUGAUUUUAUUGAGUGCAACAACAUGACCCUAAUAAAUCUUGUUCUGAAAUUACUUGGCCCCAUCCAUGAGAGGAAUCUCACAGUCAUCAUGCUCAUCAUACAGGUGAUGGGCAGUGCAGUCGCUUUUGGGAUCCGUUAUCAUCUGGUCCGUCUCUUCUAUGACGUUUAGUUCUCCAUGAAACCAAAGAGAACACAAACUGACAAAAUAUGGAAAUAAUUUCCUGGCUUGCGGUUCAUCUUCCUCAUAAUUGAUUCUAUUACCUCAUUUAUUAUUUUUUGACUCAAACUCAACUUAGUGUAAUGUUCAGUUAUGUUUCAUUCUGGUAAGACAUUUUCACAUACAGACAAAAAAAGUUUCAUUGAGCACAGCAGCAGUGCUAUUCUUCCACUAUGUGUUGAGGGAAUUAUGAGGAGGAAAGUACUUAAAUCUCAAUAAGCUUGAGUGUCCGUCAUAAAGGGUGUAUUUCCUACUGAGAACGUAAAGUUCGGGGGGAUAUUCUCCCUUGUUCAGGGCACAUCAGUGCCUGAGUGUUUCUUAAUUGCCAUCGUUUGAAAUGUCAUUGAUGGUCGUAGAUUUUCUAUAAAAUGAAGGCUGAUACAUAUUUACUUAAAUAUGACACAAAUUGUAUGAGGUCAAGUAACCAUUCACACCUUUCCAUAGCUAUGGUAGUAUCAGUUAAUGAAUGAAUUCUGAAUGAAAGCACACAAAAUGGACUUUGUGAAUAAAAUUAAAUAUAAAGAAGUUAUUGUCAUGAGGGGGGAACUGGUGGGAAAAAAUUAUGAGCAAUGUCCUGAUUAAUGACACAAUUGUGAAGAUCAGUUCAUUUUGGAUACAUAUGAGUUCUUUUGACUGGCGACUUGUCCAGGGUGUACCCCGCCUCUCUCCAAAGACAGCUGGGAUAGGCUUCAUCACCACCCGCGACCCUGCCUGGGAAUAAGCGGUAGAGAAUGAAUGAAUGGAUGGAUGGAUGAGUUCUUUUGGAUUGCUAUUAUCUUUUUCUAAGGAAACAGCAAACAACAAUGUGAAGUUAAGUGACACUGGCCUUUUUUUUAUUGUAAAAACAACAACUGCCUGCGCAUGCUGUUUACUGCUGAGAUGGAAGGCUCAGAGUUAUAAAAUAAAUGAUUUUAAUCUA